GGCUGCGGCCGCGGCCUGAGGAGCGUCGCAAGGACACGGCGCACGCACCUCCCGCACCCGCCGCCCCGCUCGCCGCCCUCUCCACACCCCCGCACGGCGGGGCGGGCCGAGGCGGGUGUUGUGCCCGGUAACCAGGGAGCCGCGGCGGGCGCAGCGCGGAGCAGCGCGGUACGGCGGGUUGAGGUGCUGAGACUGCUCGCCUGUGCUAUUCCACAGCCCUGUAAGGGCUGACAUUGGACUGGAGGCACCUGAUUGACCCAGGUAUGCUGUGCCAGGGCUGAGGGUUGAACAGUGAAAGGAACCUGUCCAAGAUCCUCAUCUCACUGAGCUCAGCAGCUUGGAGGAAAAUUGCUGUUAAGGGGAAGUGGAUUUGCUGCAAAGAGAUCAUGGCCUCAUCCCGACUAGUGGCACGAUCUAGAGAUAUUGCCAAUGUCAUGCAACGACUUCAAGAUGAGCAAGAGUCAGUGCAGAAAAGGACAUUCACAAAAUGGAUCAAUACUCAUCUGGCUAAGCGCAAUCCUCCCAUGCUGGUGAAUGAUCUGUUUGAAGAUAUCAAAGAUGGUGUAAUGCUAAUUGCCCUUUUGGAGGUUCUUUCAGGACAGAAGCUGCCUUGUGAGCAGGGACGUCACCUGAAGAGAAUUCACUGGGUUGCCAACAUUGGCACAGCUCUUAAGUUUCUAGAAGGAAGACGGAUUAAGCUUGUCAACAUAAACUCAACAGAUAUUGCUGAUGGAAGGCCUUCUAUUGUGCUUGGCUUGGUGUGGACCAUAAUUUUAUAUUUUCAGAUUGAAGAGCUUACUAGCAACCUCCCACAGCUGCAGUCGUUGUCUAGCAGUGCUUCUUCUGUGGAGAGUGUUGUCAGUUCAGAAACUGCGAGUCCCCCAAGCAAACGGAAGGUGGUAACCAAGGUCCAAGGAAGUGCCAGGAAGGCAUUGUUAAAAUGGAUACAGUACACAGCAGCAAAGCAAGUUGGAAUUGAAAUCAAAGAUUUUGGACAAAGUUGGAGGAGUGGUGUUGCAUUUCAUUCUGUAAUUCAUGCUAUCCGCCCAGAUUUAGUGGACAUGGAGAAAGUGAAGGGGAGGUCAAAUAGAGAAAAUCUGGAAGAAGCCUUCACACUUGCAGAAGCAGAGCUAGGAAUUCCGAGGCUUCUUGAUCCAGAAGAUGUAGAUGUUGACAAGCCAGAUGAAAAGUCUGUCAUGACGUAUGUAGCCCAGUUUUUGAAGUACUAUCCUGAUCCUCAUCACACAGUGACUGAAGUACAGGAGAAUGACGAAGACAGACUGAUGCUGAGAGACCUAAAAGUGUGGGCAGAACAAUUUGAAAGAGACUUAGCCCGGGCACAGGUGGCAGAAACAAGCUUACAGGAGAAAUAUCAGUCAUUUAAGAAUUUCAGAGUACAAUAUGAGGUAAAAAGGAAACAAAUCGAACUUGUAACUCAGUCAUUCAGGAAAGAUGGUAAAUUAUCACUUGAUCAAGCUAUGGUGAAGCAAGCAUGGGACAGAGUUUCUUCCAGGCUACUUGAUUGGCACAUAUACCUAGAUAAAUCUCUUCCUGGACCUUUGGGUACCAUUGGUGCUUGGCUGUAUAGGGCAGAGACUGCUCUGAGGGAAGAAGUGAUUGUUCAGCAAGCUCAUGAGGAAACAGCAAAUACAAUACACCGGAAGCUUGAACAACAUAAGGAUCUGCUGAAAAACAUAGAUGGUCACAAAAAGGCAUUCCAUGAGAUCCACAGGGCCAGGUCUGUUAACGGAGUGCCUGUUCCACCUGACCAAUUAGAGGAUAUGGCAGAGAGGUUUAAUUUUGUUGUAUCUUCAUCUGAGCUCCAUCUGUUGAAGAUGGAGUUUCUGGAACUGAAGUACCGUCUACUGUCACUCUUGGUCCUUGCAGAGUCAAAGUUAAAAUCAUGGAUUAUCAAAUAUGGAAGGCGAGAGUCGGUAGAACUACUUCUUCAAAAUUAUAUUUCUGUUAUUGAAAACAGUAAGUUCUUUGAGAAGUAUGAAGUUACUUACCAGAUCUUGAAAAGAGCAGCUGAAAUGUAUGCCAAAGCAAAUGGCUCAGUGGAAGAAGUUGAGAAUGUGAUGAAAUUCAUGAAUGACACAACAGCACAAUGGAGGAACCUUUCGGUAGAGGUGAGAAGUGUAAGAAGCAUGUUGGAAGAAGUCAUUGCUAACUGGGACAGAUAUAGCAGCACUGUAGCAGGUCUACAAGCUUGGCUGGAAGAUGCUGAAAAAAUGCUGAAUCAGCCUGAACAUUCUAAAAAGGAUUUCUUCCGACACUUACCUCAUUGGAUCCAACAGCACACAGCCAUGAAUGAUGCUGGCAAUUUUCUGAUUGAAACAUGUGAUGAGACUAUUUCUAGAGACCUUAAACAGCAGCUUUUAUUACUAAAUGGAAGAUGGAGAGAAUUGUUUAUGCAAGUAAAACAGUAUGCUCGAGCAGAUGAACUGGACAAAAUGAGGAAAGAAUACUUGGAUGGUGUUACCCAUUUGACAGCUUUUAUUGAUGGAAGCAAUAGGAAAUUUUCACUGCCUGUGGAAGUUUCCUUCCUUGAUGUCAAAAAGUUUGUACAAGAUUUAGAAGUUAUUAAGCAGAAAUUGCCUGCAAUGGAAGCUCAGUACAAAAUGGUUGCAAGAACAGUGCAACUUUUAUCUAAAGAAGUUUCCCAAGAAGAAGCCAAUGAAAUGCUUGGAACAUCGACAAGGAUCAAAGAACAACUGAACAAGGUUAAGGAGUAUUCCUGUUCACUGCUGUAUGAAUGCCAGCAUCUGCUGUCUCCACUGGAAGAACUGGAGAAACAAAUCACACAUUUUUAUGAGUCUCUUGAAAAAGUCAAUGAAAUAAUUUCUAUUUUGGAUCCUGAAGCACAACCUACAACUGUUCUUAAACAAAAAGCCCAAGAUUUGGUAGCUUAUCAAGAAAACUGCAAGAAAGAUUUGUCCCUGAUUGAGAGAAAUAGUCAGAGUAUCCUGCAGAGUGUGGCUUCCACUGAAGUGUUACAGCAUUUCCAUCAGUCAACAUUUCAAAAGAAAGUUACACAAGUUGAGAUAACUUUUCAGAAUAUGAUCAGGAAAGCUGGUGAAUGGAGAAAAAACAUAGAAGCAAAUAGCCGUUUGAUGAAGAAAUUUGAGGAGUCUAGAGCAGAACUGGAGAAAGUAAUACAGAUUGCCAAUUGCUGCUUAAAAGAAAAAGGAAAUCCUGAAGAACUUCUCAGGAAACAUAGCGAAUUCUUUAACCAGUUUGACCAGAGAGUCCUAAAUGCCUUCCUGAAAGCAUGUGAUGAACUCACCGACAUCCUUCCAGAACAAGAGCAACACAGCCUGCAAGAAGCUGUGAGAAAACUCCAUAGGCAGUGGAAGGAUCUUCAAACAGAAGCCCCAUAUCAUUUGAUCCACUUGAAGAUUGAAAUACAGAAAAGCAAGUUCCUGGUCACAGUGGAGGAAUGCAAAGCUGAACUAGCUCGACAGAACAAGGUGUUGUCAAGAGAAGGCAAUGAAAGAAUGAUCGAGGAACACAUGUUGUUCUUUGGUGACAAGGGACCUUACCGGCUCUGUGAGAAAAGGCUACAACGGAUUGAAGAACUGUGCCAAAAACUGCCAGUUUCUGAUCUAGUGAGGGCUACGUUGGAAAGCUGCCAACGAAUCCUGAAGGAGCUCAAAUCCCAGAUAGACAGCACAUACUUAAAGCUAAAAGAACACUCAGACACAUGGAAGGCCUAUGUGAACAGAUUUUCUGAAUUAGCAAAUUGGAUUUCAUCAACAGAAAGAGAGCUAAAGAAGUUAAGGGAAAGUGUCAGUGAUACUGCCAAAUACAAGCAAUGUAAAACAUCCUUGGGGGAAAUUAGGAAGCACAUUCACAAGCAGGGAGAAAAUCACAGCUGGCUGAAAUCUAGACUUGCUCUUUUGACUGCAGUAUGUCCUGAUUUGGAGGCCAAAAAGACAGAGGAUGAGCUUUGUAAACUUUCCAAUGACUUCAAGGGACUCCUAGAUUUGCUGGCUGAGAUUGAAAAGACUUUAGGCACUGUCGGAGACUGUGUCCAGUACAAAGAAGUAGUUAAAAGUGCAAUUGAAGAGUUAAUCAACAACUCUAAAGAAGCACAAUCAGAGGCUGACAAGAUCCUGGAUACAGAAAAUUUAUUACAAGCUCAGCAACUACUACUCCAUCAUCAGCAAAGGACGAGGAGACUCCGUGCAAAGCAGCAAGAUGUGCAACAGCAGAUUUCCCAAGCUAAACAGUUACAGGUUGAAGGCGGUCUGCCCAGGACAAUGCAAGAGGAUUUACAAAAGUUGGAAGGAACAUUGCAGAGCAUGCAGCAGACUAUGGAGAAACGUGAAGACCAACUACAGGUCACGAUAAAUAAAUGGGAGCAGUUUGAAAGGGACAAAGAAAUAGUAGUAAAAUACCUCAAUCAAGCAAGCUCUGCACUUGAACGUAUCUUAAACUUCAGCAGUUUAGAGAGCCUCUCCUCAGAACUGGAUCAGACAAAGGAACUUUCUAAACAGACUGAAGCAAUGGCAGUCCAGGCUGAGAAUUUGGUGAAGAAUUCUUCUGAGAUACAACUGGGUUCAAGGAAUAAACAGUCCCUUCAGCAACAGGCAAAAUCAAUCCAAGAACAAGUGAAAAAAGUGGAAGUUACUCUUGAAGAAGAUAUUAAAAGCAUGGAAAUGGUGAAAAACAAGUGGGAUCAUUUUGGCAGUAAUUUUGAAGCUCUGUCCACGUGGAUAGCUGAACAAGAAAAAGAACUGGAAACUUUGGAAACGUCAUCAUCCCCUUUGGACAUACAGAUCAGCCAAAUCAAGGUUAUUAGUAAAGAAAUAGAUUACAAAAUACCUGGAAUCUCAGAACUGGAAGAGGAAGCUGAGUCUUUUUCCCAGUUUAUUACCUCUGGAGAACGUGCACAUAUUAAAGCCAAAUUGACUCAGGUCAAAAGGUAUUGGGAAGAGCUAAGAGAUCAUGCACAGAGACUGGAAGGAACCAUCACAGGGAAUGCAACAGCACAGCAGAAAUAUGAAGAAAGUCUUAAACAGGUGCAGCAGACAAUGUCUGAAUUUGAAGCUAAGCUAGCUGAGCCUCUCACAACGUGCUCUUCAUCAUCAACAACAUAUGCAACCCUUCAGGAUUUCACGGACUUUUGUCAUAUUGUGGAAAAACUGAGCAGUGAUCUGGCUUCUCUAUCAGCAUGUGCCCGAAAAGUGACCAACAAAGAAAAAGCUUCUCAGGAGGUUACAGCAUUACAGCAGAAAUAUGAAAAGGUGUUAGAAAGUGCUAAAGAGAAGCAGACAUUAUUAGAGACUCUUCUGGCUCAGUGGCAGAAGCGGGAGAAGGAGCUGUCUGCUUUCCUGACCUGGUUGGAGGGAUGUGAAGCUAUAGCCAGGCCUUCAGAGAAAUAUGUUUCUGCUGACAGAGUUAAGCUGGAAGGUGAACUGCAGUCGCUGCAGAAUUUGUGUGCAGAUACUACGUCUCAUACUUCAGUCUAUGCAAGCCUGUUACAGUUAAACGAGUCACUAUUCCCGACAGCUUCCAAACAGUGUGUGAAAACAAUAAAAGAAACAUUUGAAGAGCUGGAUGAGAGGUGGAAGGCUCUACCACAAACAGUUGAUAAAAGGAUCAACUUCCUUCAGUCUCUUGUUGCCGAGCAUGGGCAGAUUGAUGAGCUCCUGCUCAGGUUUUCAGACUGGAUUAAGCAGUUUCUUGCUGAACUACAAGCUACUUCAGAGAUAAACACAGCUGAUCAACAACUAGCUGCAUCUCACAAUAAGAAUCAUUCAAUGGAAGUUGAAAGUAAGAAACAGCAGUUACAAAGUCUGAAGGAACAUGUAGAUAAAUUGUGUUCUUUCAGCUGCCCAGAGGACCAGCAGACAUUACAGGGCAAGACUGAAGAUUGCUCUCAGAUCUUCCAGGAGGCAAGUCAAAUAAUUAGACAAAGACAAGAGGCUCUGGAUCAGCUGCAGAUGUUCCUAGAGCUCCAUAGUACUGCAUCAGGAGUGCUCCACCAGCUGAGGCAGACUGUGGAGAAAACAGGAAAUAUGGAUAAAGCUAAAUCUGAAUUACUGGAGAAGGAACUAAAUGAUGUUAUUCAAAAUCUUAACAAGCUGGAAUCUAUUGCCAUCAGUUUGGAUGGUUCUCUUACUAAGGCCCAGUAUCACCUAAAACAUGGCGUUUCUGAGCAGAGGACCUCCUGCAGGGCUGUGGUGGAUAAUCUCUGCUUGGAACUGGAGACAGUUCAAAACCUACUGGGAACCAAACAGAGUGAGGCAGAAGCUCUUGGAGCCUUGCGAAGAUGUUUCAUGGAACGAAAAGAACAGCUACUGAAGAGUAUUGAGGAUACUGAGGAAAAGGCUGACAAGGAGGGCCUGAAGGAGGCAACAUUACAAGCCCUCCAGCAAAGAUUAAGGAUCUUUAACCAGUUAGAUGAAGAACUGAAUUCUCACCAGCAUGAACUCCAGUGGCUCAUGGACAAAGGAAAACAAAUAGCCCAAAAAGAUAUCACACUUACUCUUGAGAUCGACAAAGAGACAAAUCGGUUAGAAUCUCUGUGGGAGGAUACCAAGAAAAUUAUACAAGAAAAAAAGGAGCAAUCCUGCAUUCUUAUUGAUCUGGUGAAGGAAUAUCAGAGCUUAAAGUCAACAAUAAUGAAAGUCAUAGACAGUGCUGACAGUGCUUCUGUGAUCAAAUCCAUUUGGAAGGGUCGUGAAGAUGUCAGACGAACUUUAUCAAAGCAUGAAGCUGCCAAGAAUGAUCUGAGUGAUAAACAAAAAGACCUGGAUAUUUUCACCAAUAAAGGAAAACAUUUGUUAGCAGAAUUGAAAAAAGUGCGUAACUGUGACUGCACUGCGGUAAAAACAGACAUGAACUGUACGGUGGACAAAUGGCUAGAUGUGUCUGAAAGAAUUGAUGACAACAUCGACCGAUUGAGUGUAAGCAUAUCUCUAUGGGAUGACAUCAUGAAAACUGGAAAUGAAAUGGAUGAGUGGUGCAACAAGUGCGUUUCUCAACUGAACAAAGGCAUCAGUAACUUAAGUUCCAGUCAGAGAAUGGAGGUUCUCCUGAAAGACUUUCAGUCUGAACUAAAGGAUAAAGAACUGAAGUUGGAGCAGCUUAGUUCCAAAAUUUCAGAUCUCAAAGCACUGACGCAUAGUCAAGAGCCUCCUGCAGAUCUUCAGUUUAUAGAAUCGGAUUUGAGACAGAAACUGCAACAUGCCAAAGAAGUGUCAGAGACAGCAAAAGAGACACUGAAAGAUUUCAGUACCCAGAAGAUGCAGUUACAAAAGUUCAUUGAUCAGAUGACGGAUUGGUUAACAACAUUGGAAGAGACACUGCUAAAAUGUGCAAGUAACCUGAAUUCUGAAGCUCUAAAUAAAGUGAAGGAAGCACAAAAAGACCUUCAGCUUCAGCAGAGCAAUAUUGACUCGACCCGUGAGAACCUCAACAACUUGUGUCGCAAAUAUCAUUCUGUAGAGCUGGAAACUCUCGGUGGCACUGUCACCUCAUUGAUAAACAAGUAUGAAGCUGUGAAUAUGCUCUGUUCCAGAACACAGGCCAGCAUACAAGAGUCCUUGGAAAAACAUUUCCUCCAGUCUAUGAAAGAAUUCCAAGAAUGGUUUUCUGGUGUGAAGGCUACAGUAAAAGAAUCAUCUGACAGGUCUGGAGACAGCAAAGCAAUAGAGGCAAAACUACAUGACUUGCAGACUGUGCUGGAUUCUGUUACUGAGGGACAGAACAAAUUAGAUGCUGCCUGCAAGGAAGGAGAAAGUUUGUAUGCUUGCUUACCCAAACCAGUUGUGAGCCAUAUUCAGGAGCAAAUAGCAAAGUCCAACCAAAACUUCCAGGAAUUCCUCAGCCACUGUCUGAGUGAUAAGAAGGCCCUGGAAGCUUGUGCCUCACACCUGGGAAGCUUUGAAGAUCAGCACAAGAAACUUGGCCUGUGGAUGCAUGACAUGGAAGAAAGAAUAAGCACAGAAGCAUUAGGAGAGAGCAAAGAGCUUAUUGCAGAGAAGAAAAAGGAGGUGCAGAGAGUAGAAGAGUUCCUGGAAGAGUUACUCAAUUCAAGGGAAUCUUUUGAUAAGCUGUCCCAAAUGGCACAGACUUUAAAUGAAGAAGGCCAUGGUGCAGGGAAGGAAAUGCGCCUGGCUUCUCAACAUCUCACCAAUUAUCAAAAUAUGGUCAAAACUGUCAAGGAGAAGCUGCGCACAUGUCAGCUUGCACUCCAAGAGCAUCUCACCUUGGAGGAGGCAUUGCAGAGUAUGUGGUCAUGGGUGAAAGAGGUUCAAGAUAAACUGGUGGCAUCAGAGAGCACUCUUGGUAGCAAAGCCACGCUGGAGAGACGACUGACACAAAUUCAGGAGAUCCUCUUACUCAAAGGCGAUGGUGAAGUUAAGCUGAACAUGGCCAUUGGCAAAGGAGAACAAGUGUUUAGAAGUAGUAAUGAGGAAGGACAAAAAGUCAUACAAACUGAGCUACAGACAUUGAAGGAUGUAUGGAAUGACAUCAUCAGCACCUCCAUGAACUGGCAGAGUUGCCUAGAUUCUGUCAUUAGCCAGUGGAAUGAAUAUCUGGAAAGGAAAAACCAGCUGGAACAGUGGUUAGACAAAUUGGAUCACAAAGUGGGCCAGCCUUUAGAACCACAGAUUGGUCUGAAGGAAAAGUUUGCUUUGCUGGACCACUUCCAGGCUAUUGUUUCUGAGAUAGAGGAUCACUCUGGUGAUUUACAGCAACUCAUUGAAAAGGCUGUGGAACUGUAUGAAAAAACAAACGAUGAUUCUUUUGGAGAAGCAGCUCAAGAAGAACUAAAAACACAGUUUAAUGACAUCACAACUGUAGCUAAGGACAAAAUGAGGAAAGUGGAAGAUAUUGUGAAGGAUCAUUUGCUAUACCUUGAUGCUGUGCAUGAAUUCACAGACUGGCUUCAUUCUGCAAAGGAAGAGCUGCACCGCUGGUCAGAUGCAUCUGGAGAUACAUCAACUAUACAGAAAAAGCUGGCCAAAAUCAAUGAGCUGAUGGAGUCCCGCCAGAUCGGGGCGGGCCGCCUCGGCCGAGUGGAGACGCUGGCCCCCGGCGCGAAGCGCGGCACGGCUGCCGCCGGCUGCCAGGUGCUGACGGCCGAGAUGGAGGCCCUGCGGUCGGACUGGAAGCAGUGGGAAGAGAGCGCCGUCCGGAGCCAGCAUGGCCUGCGGGACGUGCUGAGCCAGAGGGCCGUGUCCGAGCAGGAGUUCGCAGCGCAGGCUGCGCAGCUGGAGGAGGCCGCGCGGCGGUUCGGCGGGCUGCUGGCCGCCUGGUCGCAGAGCCUCGCCCCUCUCGACGGCCGGCACACCGACGCCGAGGUCGUGGAAAGCUGGCGCAAGGAGAAAGAAACACUGGAUGCUCUGGUGAAGUCUGAACACAUGACAGAUGAGAUCAAAACUCAGUUAAAUGAUCUCUGUAGAUUUUCCAGGGAUUUGAGUACUCAUUCUUCAAAGGUAUCAGGGUUGAUUAAGGAGUAUAACAGCCUCUGCCUGCAAGCUUCAAAAGGAUGUCAGAGCAAAGAACAGAUCUUGCAGCAAAGAUUUCGGACAGCUUUCAGGGAUUUCCAGCAGUGGCUAGUCAAUGCAAAAGUCACCACAGCCAAAUGUUUUGAUGUACCUCAAAAUAUCAGUGAAGCUUCAGCAAGUCUGCAGAAAAUUCAGGAAUUCUUAUCAGAAAGUGAGAAUGGGCAGCAAAAACUGAACCUGGUAGCAUCCAAAGGAGAACUGCUGUGCUCUGUUUUACCAAAAGAAAAGGCUAAAGUUAUUCGGGACAAAUCUACUACUGCUAAAGAAGAUUGGAAAAAUUUUAUUACCACCCUCCACCAGAAGGAAUCUGCAUUGGAGAACUUAAAGAUCCAGAUGAAGGACUUUGAAUCAACGGCUGAGCCUCUGCAGCAGUGGCUGACCGCAACUGAGAAGACAGUACAAGGAAGUAGCAGUCGGCUCCAUGAUCUUCCUUCCAAGAGGAGAGAACAGCAAAAGUUGCAGUCUGUCCUUGAGGAAAUAAGCUGCCACGAGCAUCAGCUCAAGAGGCUAAAAGAGAAAGCUCAGCAGCUGUGGGAAGAGCAAGCUGUCAGCAAAAGCUUUAUGCGCAGAGUAUCUCAGUUGUCUUCUCAAUAUCUUACUCUAAGCAAUUUGACAAAGGAGAAAGUUUCCAGGAUGGAUAGGGUGGUAGCAGAGCACCAACAGUUCUCGCACAGUAUCAAGGACCUCCAGGAGUGGGUGGAUGAUGCAGUUCACAUGCUGGAUUCUUACUGUCAUCCCACUGCCGACAAGAAUGUUCUGGACAGCCGGAUGUUAAAGCUAGAGGGACUGCUAGCAGUGAAACAAGAAAAAGAAAUUCAAAUGAAAAUGAUUUUGGCAAGAGGAGAAUCUGUGCUGCAAAAUACUUCUCUGGAAGGAGUACCAGUGAUUGAACAGCAGUUGCAAACCCUGAAGGACAGCUGGGCUUCUCUUCUAUCUGCUUGUAUCCAGUGCAAGAGUCAGCUGGAAGGAGCUCUCUCCAAAUGGACGAGUUACCAGGAUGAUGUUCGACAGUUUUCCAGCUGGAUGGAUAAAGUAGAAGCAAGUAUGAAUGCUUCUGAAAGGCAAUAUGCUGAACUGAGGGAAAAAACAGCUGCCCUGAGCAAAGCAAAGCUACUCAGUGAAGAGGUGUUGAGUCACAGCAGCCUCUUGGAGACGAUUGAAGUGAAAGGAAGUGGAAUGGCUGAACAUUAUGUCACUCAGCUUGAACUCCAGGACCUUCAGGAGCGAUAUAAGUUCCUCAAAGACAGAACAAGGGAGGCAGUAACAAAAGCUGAAGGACUACUUAACUUACAUCAAGAGUACCAAAGAAAUCUGAAGGCCUUUGAAGUAUGGCUGGAGAAGGAACAGGAAAAACUUGACUGUUCAUCACAUCUUGAUGGUGAUGCGCAGAAACAGGAGGCAACACUCCGAGACUUACAGGAGCUGCAGGUCCACUGUGCAGAAGGACAAGCAUUACUGAAUGCUGCUGUCCAUGCCAGAGAGGAGGUGAUUCUCUGGGGCAUUCCCCAGAUAGAAGACCGAGCCCUGGAAUCCUUACAGCAGGAUUGGCGAGUUUACCAACACAGACUUUCUGAAGCAAGAAGCCAAUUAAAUGCCACUGUGAGCAGACUGAGAUUAAUGGAGAAAAAAUCUCAAAAGGUUAAUGACUGGCUAACAGACCUGGAGGAAAAAGUUGCUGUCAGGACUGGGAGGCAGUCUGGUAGAGCAACAAAGGAGAUGCAGCUUCAACAAAUGAAGAAGUGGCAUGAAGAAAUUAUGAUCUACAAAGAUGAUGUGGAGGAAGUUGGAGUAUUGGCUCAGCAAAUACUGGAGGAAAGUGUGACUGCAAGUACAAUGGGGAGCCAGGCGACGCAACUUACAUCUCGCUACCAAACUCUUCUUCUUCAUGUCUUGGAGCAAAUAAAGUUUCUGGAAGAAGAAAUACGCUGUAUGGAGGAAUCAGAAUUGUCUUUUAGUGCUUACACAAAUUGGUACGAAGCUACAAACAAGAACGUCAGAAAUAUAACCAUCAAGUUUGACGUGGUUGAUAAAACAGCAAUGGAGAAAAAAGUACAGAAACUAGAGCUGCUGUUGAGUGAUAUGGACAUAGGCCACAGUUUACUGAAAUCUGCCCGUGAGAAAGGGGAGCGAGCUAUAAAGUACAUGGAAGAAAAUGAAGUUGAUCAGUUAAGAAAAGAAAUUGGAAACCACGUGGAACAGCUUGAAGAGCUGGCAGGCUCCAUCAGGAAGGAGCACCUGACUUCAGAGAAGUGCCUUCAGCUAGCAAAAGAGUUCUCAGACAAAUACAAGGCUCAGACUCAGUGGGUCACAGAGUACCAAGCCAUGUUACGUGCUCCAGCAGAGCCAAAGAUCGAACUCUAUGAGAAGAAGGCCCAGUUGUCCAAAUACAAGUCCAUACAGCAGACUGUUCUGUCCCACGAGCCUUCAAUAAAAUCAGUGAUUGAAAAGGGAGAGGCACUUUUUGAUCUGGUGAAUGACGUGACUCUAAAGAACAACAUUCAAGACCUUCAGAGCAGAUACCAGGAACUGUGCAGCACUACAAAGGUAUAUGUUGAAACCCUAGAGGUGAGAGUAAAAGAACAUGAGGAUUACAACAGUGAUUUGCAAGAAGGAGAGAAAUGGUUAUUGCAUAUGUCCAGCAGGCUGGUCAGCCCUGACCUCAUGGAGGGUACCAGUCUUGAAAUAAUUACUCAGCAACUAGCUAACCACAAGGCUAUCAUGGAAGAAAUUGCAGGAUUUGAAGAUCGUUUGAACAACCUUAAGAAUAAAGGUGAUUACUUGAUCAAUCAAUGCACUGAACAUCUUCAAGCAAAAUUUAAGCAAAACAUACAAAGCCAUCUUCAGGGUACAAAAGACAGCUAUUCUGCAAUAUGUAGCACAGCCCAAAGAGUGUACCAGAGUUUGGAAAAUGAACUCCAGAAGCAGGUUAAUCGUCAGGAUACCUUACAACAGUGCCAGACUUGGCUGUCUACAGUGCCAUCAGAGCUAAAGCCAACUACUUGGCCACCUUUCAGCCUGGCAGAUGCAGUUAAACAGGUAAAACAUUUCCGGGCUCUGCAGGAGCAAGCCAAUACUUACUUGGAUCUUCUGUGCUCCAUGUGUGAUCUGUCAGAUGCCACAGUGAAAAGUGCAGUGACAGAUAUUCAACAAACAAAACAAACGAUUGAGCAUCAGAUAAUGCACUCACAGUACUUGGCUCAAGGAUGGGAAGAGAUCAAACAAAUGAAGGCUGAGCUCUGGAUAUAUUUCCAGGAUGCAGAUCAACAACUACAGAAUUUGAAAAGGAGACGGGCAGAGUUGGAGAUAAACAUUGCCCAGAAUAUGGUACUCCAGGUUAAGGAAUUCAGUCAGAAAUUGCAGUCCAAGCAGUCAGCACUUACUUCUGUGACUGAAAAGAUGAACAAACUAACCCAAGGACAGGAAUCACCUGAACACAAGGAAAUAGGAGAACUGAGCAACCAGUGGCUGGACCUCUGCCUUCAGGCACACAGUUUACUUGUACAGAGGGAAGAAGAUCUGCAGAGGACAGGGGAUUACCAUGAUCGCAUGAAUGUAGUUGAAGUUUUCUUGGAAAAGCUCACAAAAGAGUGGGACAAUCUGGCUAGGUCUGAUGCUGAAAGUACAAAUGUACACCUUGAAGCUUUGCAAAAAUUGGCACUGGCACUACAGGAAAGGAGAUUUUCUCUGGAAGAUUUGAAAGAUCAGAAACAGAAGAUGAUAGAACAUCUAAAUCUUGAUGACAAAGAAUUAGUAAAGGAGCAAUUUGGUCAUUUCGAGCAACGCUGGACUCAGCUAGAAGACCUUGUGAAAAGGAAAAUUCAAGUUUCUGUUUCAACCUUAGAAGAGCUCAGUUUAGUGCAUUCCAAAUUUCAGGAAGUGAUGGAAUGGGCAGAGGAGCAGCAACCAAGUAUCUCAGAGGCUCUUAAACAGAGCCCUCCUCCAGAUUUGGCUCAGAGUCUUCUCAUGGAUCAUCUUACCAUUUGCAGUGAGCUUGAAGCCAAACAGCUUGUUCUGAAGACACUUGUGAAGGACGCUGACAGAGUGAUGACCAACCUAGGGCUCAAUGAAAGGCAGGAGCUGCAGAAAGCACUUUAUGAUGCACAGCACCAUGUAGAUUGUCUCAGUGAUCUGGUCAGCCUGAGAAGAAAGCAUUUGAAUAAAGCAUUGUCUGAAAAGACACAGUUUCUCAUGGCAGUCUUUCAGGCUACAAACCAAAUUCACCAGCAUGAGAAGAUGGUAACAUUUCCAGAACACAUUUGUCUGUUGCCAGAAGACGUCAACAAACAGAUCAGGACUUGUAAGAAUGCCCAGGCUAACCUGAAGGCCUAUCAAAGUGAAGUCACAGGAUUGUGGGCUCAAGGAAGGAAUUUAAUGAAAGAAGCAACAGAACAAGAAAAGAGUGAAGUGUUAGGUAAACUGCAAGAACUACAGAAUCUGUAUGAUACCGUUUUACAAAAGUGUAACCAGAGAUUGUUAGAGUUGGAGAAAAAUGUAGUUUCCAGGAAAUAUUUCAAAGAAGAUUUGGAUAAAGCUUGUCAUUGGCUAAAACAAGCUGAUAUUGUCACAUUCCCAGAAGUCAAUGUAAUGAAUUCAAACUCUGAACUAUACAGCCAGUUGGCAAAAUAUCAACAGAUUCUUGAACAGUCUCCGGAAUAUGAAAAUCUGUUACUUGCACUGCAAAGAGAUGGCCAAGAAAUCCUACCGUCACUUAAUGAUGUGGAUCAUUCUUAUCUGCAAGAAAAACUGAACAUUCUCCCUCAGCAAUUCAAUAUUGUUACUGCUUUGGCAAAAGAAAAGUUAUAUAAGGUUCAAGAAACAAUUUAUGCCAGGAAAGAGUAUGCCUCUUUGAUUGAGUUAACAAGCAAAGCUCUGAAUGAGUCAGAAGAUCAAUUUAUCAACAUGGAAAAAGGCCCAGCUGCUGUUUCAGCCAAGGAAGCUGUGUCACUGCAACAGGCCUACAGAGAUCUCUUAGGUGAAGUGGUGAGCCUUGGUGCAGCAGUGGAUGAAUUAAACCAGAAGAAGGAGGCCUUUCGAAGCACUGGCCAGCCAUGGCAACCAGAUGAGAUGUUAAAGCUUGUCACACUAUAUCACAAGUUGAAGAGGCAAAUUGAACAAAAAAUCAACCUGUUGGAAGACACAGUAGAGGCAUGCCAAGAACACGAGAAAAUGUGUAUGCAGUUUGAGGAACAGCUAGAGGCAGUGAAGAAGGAGCAGAUUAAAGUAAAUGAAGAAACACUCCCAAUAGAAGAAAAGUUGAAAAUAUACCAUUCUCUGGUGGGCAGCUUGCAGGACUCGGGGAGUCUUCUGAAGCGAAUAACUGAACAUCUGGAAGCCCUUUCUCCUCAGCUUGACUCCUCUGCGUGUGAGACGACAAACUACCAAGUGCAGUCUUGGCAAGAGAAACUGAAGUCUUUGCAUAUUGCUAUUGCUGACACUGUGAAGGAGUGUGAGAACAGACUUGUUCAAAGCAUAGACUUCCAGACAGAAAUGUGCCGCUCACUCGACUGGUUGAGGUGGGUGAAAACCGAACUUAAUGGAACUUUAAGUUUGGACCUCAAACUGCAAAGCAUCCAAGAAGAAAUACGAAAGGUUCAGAUACAUCAGGAAGAAGUACAGUCAAGCCUGAGAAUAAUGAAUGCACUGAGCAAGAAAGAGAAAGAGAAGUAUAUGAAAGCCAAGGAGCUGAUACCUGCUGACCUGGAAAACACUCUUGCUGAGCUGACAGAACUAGAUGGUGAAGUUCAAGAAGCUAUACACAUGAGACAGGCUAUCUUGAAUAAAUUAUAUAGCCUCUGCCAAAGAUACUACCAAGUGACACAAAUCGCAAAUGACUGGCUAGAAGAUGCUCAAGAAUGUCUACAUUUAGCAAGAAAUGGUCUUAAUAUUGAGAAUUCUGAAGAGAACCUAAGGAGCCAUGUUGAAUUUUUCAGCACAGAGAGACAAUUCAAUAAUCAUUUGAAGGAGUUACAGGGUCUUGUGUCUGAGAUAGAACCCUUUAUCCAAGAUACAGCAAGAGAGCAGCUGAUGCAGAGUGUAGCUGCGUUGGAGGAAAAGGCCAAUGGAACCAAGCAAGAAGCCAAAACCCGACAAGAGCAGUUGCAAAGGUGUGCUUCUGAGUGGCAGGAGUACCAGACAGCAAGACAGAAGGUUAUUGAAGUGAUGAAUGAGGCUGAGAAAAAAUUAUCUGAAUUCUCAGUAGCUAAAGCUCCUUCUUCUCAUGAAACAGAAGAAAAAUUGCUAACACAUAAGACUCUUGUGUCUGUAGUGAAUUCUUUCCAUGAGAAGAUCACAGCCCUAGAAGAAAAAGCUUCACAGCUGGAAAAAGUUAGCAAUGAUGCUAGUAAGGCAACUAUAAGUAGAUCCAUGACAACAGUUUGGCAGCGUUGGACACGGCUCCGGAAUGUAGCCCAAGAACAAGAGAAAAUUUUGGAAGAUGCAGUGCAGGAAUGGAAGGGCUUUAAUGAUAAGAUUCAGAAAGCUACCAUAGCAAUAGAUCAGCUACAAGGUCGCUUACCAGAAAGCUCAGUGGAAAAGGCAUCCAAGACAGAGCUCCUGGAACUCCUGGAAUACCACAGCAGUUUCCUUCUGGAGGUGGAGCACCAGUUGUCAUCUUUGAGUCUGCUCAAACAGCACGCUGUCAGCAUGCUUCAGGAUGUGGAAAUAAAACCUCCAUUUCAGGAGGAACUACCAGUCAUGCAAGAAGUCAAAGCAAUGCAAGAUCGAUGCCACAACAUGCAACAGAAAGUGAAAAAAGGUGUGAAGAUGGUGAAACAGGAGCUGAAGGAGCGUGAGGAGGUUGAAGCAGAGAUUAAUGUUGUGAAGUCCUGGAUUCAGGAAACAAAAGAGUAUUUGUUAAGCCCUGAUGUAGAAGUGGAUACUCAACUUCAGGAGUUGCAGUCUCUGCUUGGUGAAGCAAAUACUCAUCGCCAGGCUGUUGAAAAAAUGGCUGAACAACAACAGAAUAAAUAUUUGGGACUCUAUACCAUUUUGCCUUCAGAACUCUCUCUUCAUUUAGCAGAAGUUGGGCUCGCCCUUGUAACUGUACAGGAUCAGAUUCAAACCAAAGAAAAAGAAACUCAGCAGAUCAAAACAUUGAAUCAAGAGUUUGGUCAGAAAAUCCAGGAGAUAGCGAAAGAACUGAAUGCCAUUCUUUCCAAACUGAAAAAGAAGACAAAUGAUAUAGCACAAGCUAAACUUGAACAAAAGAUCCUCGGUGAAGAGUUGGACAGCUGCAAUAUAAAGCUGUUGGAAUUAGAUGCAUCAGUCCAGGACUUUGCAGAGCAGAACGUACCGCUGGCUAAGCAGCUGGCUAACAGGAUAGGGAAACUCACUGCAUUGCACCAACAGACCAUACGGCAGGCUGAGUACAGGGCAGCCAAGCUCAGUCAGGCUGAUUCACACUUGGAAGAAUACAAUGAGAUGCUGGAGUUCAUAUUAAAAUGGAUUGAGAAAGCAAAUAUCCUAGUACAUGGUAGUAUAACAUGGAAUUCUUCAUCUCAGCUUCGUGAUCAGUUUAAAGCCUACCAGACUAUGCUUGAUGAGUCCGGGGAGAUUCAUGGUGAUCUGGAGGCCAUGAGUGAGAGGAUUGAGUAUCUAGCAAGUGUAUACAGUACUGAAGGAAUGUCACAGCAAGUGCUGGAACUAGGGCGGCGGACAGAGGAAUUGCAGCAAGUUAUCAAAGUGCGGCUACCAAAUCUCCAAGAUGCUGCAAAGGACAUGAAGAAAUUUGAAGUUGAACUGAGAGCCCUGCAGGCUGCUUUGGAGGAAGCCCAAGCCACACUGACCUCUCCAGAGCUCGGGCAUUUGAGUUUGAAAGAGCAACUUUCUCACAGACAGCAUCUAUUGUCUGAAAUGGAGUCACUGAAGCCAAAAGUUCACGCAGUGCAAGUCUGUCAGAGUGCCCUGAGGAUUCCUGAAGAGGUAGUCACCAGCCUGCCACUGUGCCUCAGUGCCCUCCGGCUCCAAGAGGAAGCCAGCCGCCUGCAGCACACUGCCAUUCAGCAGUGCAACAUCAUGCAGGAAGCAGUGGUUCAGUAUGAGCAAUAUGAGCAAGAAAUGAAACAUUUACAGCAAAUGAUAGAAAAUGCCCAUCGUGAGAUCCAAGACAAGCCAAUAGCAACCAGCAACAUCCAGGAACUACAGGUCCAGAUUUCGCAUCAUGAGGAGCUGGCUCAGAAGAUCAAAGGAUACCAGGAGCAAAUUGCUGCUUUGAAUUCCAAGUGCAAGAUGCUGACGAUGAAAGCAAAGCAUGCCACCAUGCUGCUGACAGUGACAGAAGUGGAGGGCCUGUCAGAGAGUAUGGAGGAACUGGAGUCAGACUUCCUCCCAGCACACCCCACUCAUCCUUCCGUGGUUAUGGACAUUGCUUAUUACCAAGCCUUAUCUGCUGAACAGUUGCAGACAGAAGCUGCUAAAAUUCAACCCAGUGCUUCAGCCACCCAGGAGUUUUACGAACCAGGCUUAGAAUCAACUGCUAGUGCCAAACUGGAUGAUUUGCAGCGUUCUUGGGAAACACUGAAAAAUGUGAUCAGUGAAAAGCAACGCACUCUCUAUGAAGCUCUUGAGCGUCAACAGAAAUACCAGGACACGCUCCAGUCUAUAUCCACAAAAAUGGAGACCAUUGAGGUCAAACUAAAUGAGAGUCUGGAACCAGCCAAAAGUCCAGAGAGCCAGAUGGCUGAACAUCAGGCUUUGAUGGAUGAAAUUUUAAUGUUACAAGAAGAAAUUGCUGAGCUUCAGACAUCGUUAGCCCAGGAGCUGGUUUCAGAGCCACUGGAUGCAGAAGCUGCUGAUCAGCUUGCAUUACAGUCCACUCUCACAGUCUUGGCAGAACGAAUGGCCACAAUUCGAAUGAAGGCAUCAGGAAAACGACAACUAUUAGAGGAAAAACUGAAUGAGCAGCUCGAAGAGCAGCGACAAGAACAGGCUCUUCAAAGGUACCGCUGUGAAGCUGAUGAGCUCGACCACUGGCUACUCAAUACCCGGGCAACGCUGGACACCACUCUGGUUACUGCUGAGGAGCCUAUGGACAUGGAAGCACAGCUGGUAGACUGUCAGAACAUGCUGGUUGAAAUAGAGCAGAAGGUGAUAGCCUUGUCCGAGUUAUCUGUGCACAACGAGAACUUGCUUAUGGAGGGGAAGGCUCACACCAAGGAUGAGGCAGAGCAGCUGGCUGUGAAGCUCAGGACACUGAAGGGCAGCCUUUUAGAGCUGCAGAGAGUCCUCCAUGACAAGCAGAUCAACAUUCAGCAGGGAUCAUUACAAGAAAAGGAGGAGGGUGAUUUGGACUUUGUUUCCUCACAAAGUCCUACUGUCCAAGAAUGGCUGGCUCAAGCAAGAACCACUCGCUCACAGCAACAGCAAAGCACCCUGCAGCAACAGAAAGAGCUGGAACAGGAGCUAGAAGAGCAGAAGAAACUGCUUCGGUCAGUGGCAUGCCGUGGAGAAGAAAUUCUAACACAGCAAAGUGCUCCAGAAGGCCUGUAUAUAAGUGCAAAGCCUGAUACACUGUCUGAGGAAUUAGGCUUGGAAGGUGAGAAGCCAUCAUUGGAAGAACAGAUGAAAGUGAAAUGGGAAAGCUUGAACCAGGAAUUCAGUACCAAGCAGAGACUGCUCCAGAAAUCUUUGGAACAAGAGCAGCUGCAGCUUUAUAGCAGACCAAACAGACUGAUAUCUGGAAUGCCAUUGUAUAAGGAGGAAGGAGAGAAUGAAGAUAAAUCGUUAGUGUCACCAGUAUUGGUUGAACUGAAUCAAGCCUUUGAAGAUGUAUCAUCUGAGGCUGGACAGGUGGAGGAGAAGCUUCAUCUUGAGCAGAAGCUGUAUGAUGGUGUCGCAGCUACAUCCUUGUGGCUAGAUGGGGUAGAAGAACAGGUUUUUGUUGCUAUAGCUCUGUUACCAGAGGAAGAAACAGAAACAUACCUCUGCGAGCAAGAGUCUCUUGCCAAGGAAAUCAAAGACAUAACAGAAGAAAUGUAUAAGAACAAGAAUUUAUUUGCUCAAUUAUUUCCUGAGAAUGGUGGUAAUAGGGAUAUUAUAGAAGACACUUUGGAUUGUCUCCUGAGAAGAUUAAAAUUGCUGGAGUCAUUAGUAAACCAGAGAUGCCAUCAGAUGAAAGAACGCCUCCAGCAAAUAGUGACUUUCAAGAAUGAUCUGAAGCUCCUGUUUACAUCAGUGGCUGAUAACAAAUACUUAGUUCUACAGAAACUAGCAGAGGCAGUUGAGAGACCAGAAACAGAACAAAUGCAGGUCAUACUGCAGGCAGAAGAAGAUUUGAAGGAACUUGAUGCUGGAAUCAAUGAAUUAAAGAGACGUGUAGACAAGCUACAAAUUGACCAACCUUCUCUACAAGAGCUAUCUAAGAUUCAGGAUAAGUAUGAUGAGCUGAUGAUGCUCAUUGGAUCCAGACGGAGUGACCUGAAUCAGAAUUUGGCUCUUAAGAAGCAGUAUGAACGAGCUUUGCAGGACCUGACUGACCUGGUAGAAACAGGCCAAGAAAAGAUGUCUGGUGACCAGAAAAUUAUUGUUGCUUCUAAGGAAGAGGUUCGAUUACUACUUGACAAACAUAAGGAAUAUUUUCAGGGAUUGGAGUCCCACAUGAUCCUGACAGAAACACUCUUUAGAAAGAUGAGUAGCUUUGCACUUCUGAAUGAAACUCAGUCACAUUCAGAGUUAAUGACACAAGCUUCAACUGUAUUGAAGUUAGCUCAUAAACGAGGGGUGGAGCUGGAAUACGUCCUAGAGACCUGGAUGCAUCUGGAUGAAGAUUACCAGGAACUUAGCAGGCAACUGGAGUCUGUUGAAAGUAGCAUCCCCACUGUUGGCUUAGUGGAAGAAUCAGAGGACAGGCUUACAGAUCGGAUUACACUCUUUCAGCACCUGAGAUCUAACUUGACUGAAUACCAACCUAAGUUAUACCGAGUGCUAGAUGAUGGGAAAAGGCUCCUUUUUUCUGUUAGCUGCUCAGAUCUUGAAAGUCAACUGAACCAACUAGGAGACCACUGGUUGAGUAACACCAGCAGGGUUACCAAGGAACUUCAUAGACUGGAGACGAUACUGAAGCACUGGACAAGGUAUCAGAGUGAAUCAAAUGAACUGACACAUUGGUUGCAAUCUGCAAAGGAGAGACUUGAGUUUUGGAGCCAACAGUCUUUGACAGUUCCUCAGGAACUGGAAACAGUCCGAGACCACCUGAACUCCUUCUUGGAAUUUUCAAAAGAAGUGGAUGCUAAAUCAUCACAGAAAUCUUCUGUCCUGAGUACUGGGAACCAACUCCUCAGGCUGAAGAAGGUGGAUACAGCAACAUUGCGUGCAGGAUUGUCUCACAUUGACAGUCAGUGGACAGAGCUGCUCACACAAAUCCCAGUAGUACAAGAGAAAUUACACCAGCUCCAGAUGGACAAAAUUCCUUCUCGCCAUGCUAUCACUGAAGUUAUGAGCUGGAUUUCCCUUAUGGAAAAUGUCAUUCAACAGGACGAAGAGAGUAUAAAAAAUGUAGUAGGACAGGAAGUCAUUCAGGAUUAUGUCCAGAAGUACAAGGGUUUCAAGAUAGAUUUAAAUUGCAAACAAUUGACAGUAGACUUUGUGAACCAAUCCGUGCUACAAAUUAGCAGCCAGGAUGUUGAAAGUAAACGUAGUGACAAAACUGAUUUUGCAGAGCAGCUUGGAGUGAUGAACAGACGUUGGCAGAUCCUGCAAGGCCUGAUAACAGAAAAGAUCCAGCUGCUGGAAAGUCUGCAGGAAUCUUGGAUAGAAUAUGAAAAUAAUGUGCAAUGCCUAAAAUCUUGGUUUGAAACCCAAGAGAAGAAGCUGCAACAGCAACACAAAAUUGGAGACCAGGCUUCAGUACAGAAUGCUUUGAAAGAUUGUCAGGAAUUGGAAGAAUCAAUAAGAGCAAAGGAAAAAGAAGUAGAAAAUGUAGAACAGAGUGGUCUUACUUUGAUACAGAACAAGAAGGAAGAAGUCUCUUCUGCUGUUAUGAAUACGCUGCAAGAAAUUAACCAUUCCUGGGCCAAUUUGGAUCACAUGACUAGCCAACUGAAGAUAUUAUUGCAAUCUGUUCUUGAUCAAUGGAGUGUUUACAAAGUGGCUUAUGAAGAACUGAACGGUUACCUGACAGAAGCCAGAUAUUCUUUGUCCCGUUAUUAUCUUCUUACUGGUUCUUUGGAAGCUGUGAAAGUCCAAGUUGAUAAUCUUCAGAGCCUACAAGAUGAAUUGGAAAAGCAAGAAAGUAGCUUACAGAAAUUUGGUUCUGUGACUAAUGAAUUGUUGAAAGAAUGUCACCCACCAGUGACUGAAACACUUAGGAACACCUUGAAAGAAGUGAAUAUGAGGUGGAACAACCUUCUGCAGGAGAUUGCAGAACGGCUGCGUGCCAGUAAGGGCCUCCUUCAGCUAUGGCAGAGGUACAAGGACUGUUACCAGCAGUGCUCUUCUGCAGUCUGUCAGCGAGAAGACCAGGCCAAUGAACUCCUGAAGACUGCCACUAGCAAAGACAUUGCUGAUGAUGAAGUUACUACUUGGAUUCAAGACUGCAAUGAUGUGCUCACAGAUUUGAAGAAAACACAAGAGUCACUGAUUGUUCUUCAAGAACUGGGAGAGGAGCUAAAAAGCCAGGUGGAGGCUACAGCAGCAGCAGCUAUACAGUCUGAUCAUCUUUCUCUGAACCAGAAUCUGUCAGCCCUAGAACAGACUCUUCGCAAGCAACAGGCUGUACUUCAGGCUGGAGUGCUGGAUUAUCAAACUUUCGCCAGUAACCUGCAAGUCCUUGAGGCCUGGAUAACAGAAGCAGAAGAGAUAUUGAAAGGACAGGAUCCCAAUCACUCAUCUGAUCUUUCAGCAAUACAGGGUAGAAUGGAGGAACUCAAGAGUCAAAUGUUGAAGUUCAGCAGCAUGUCCCCGGAUUUGGACCGUCUUAAUGAGCUGGGUUACAGACUUCCCCUGAAUGAUAAAGAAAUCAAAAGGAUGCAGAACCUGAACAGACACUGGUCUCUUAUCUCAUCUCAGACUACGGAGAGAUUCAGUAAGCUGCAGUCUUUCUUGCUGCAGCAACAGACCUUCUUGGAAAAAUGUGAGACUUGGAUGGAUUUAUUAGUUCAGACUGAGCAGAAGCUGGCGGCAGAGAUUUCAGGAAACUACCAGAGCCUUUUGGAGCAACAGAGGGCACAUGAGCUGUUCCAGGCAGAGAUGUUCAGCCGCCAGCAGAUUUUGCACUCAAUUAUCUCUGAUGGGCAGCACCUCCUAGAACAAGGACAGGUGGAUGACAGGGAUGAAUUUAAUCUGAAGCUGACUCUUCUAAGUAACCAAUGGCAAGGAGUAAUUCGCCGGGCUCAGCAGAGGAGGGGGAUCAUUGACAGCCAGAUUCACCAGUGGCAACGCUACAGGGAGAUGGCAGAGAAAUUGCGCAAGUGGCUGGGGGAAAUAUCCUGUCAGCCAGUGAGUGAGUUGGGCAAUGUUCCCAUCCCAUUGCAGCAAGCCAGAACACUACUGGAUGAAGUACAGCUUAAAGAGAAAGUUCUUCUAAGACAGCAAGGGAGUUAUAUCCUCACUGUGGAAGCUGGGAAGCAGCUGCUGCUCUCUGCUGACAGUGGAGCUGAGGCACUCCUGCAGACAGAACUUACUGAAAUUCAGGAACGCUGGAAGAUAGCUAGCACCCAACUGGAGCAACAAAAGAAACAGCUUGCUUUACUACUGAAAGACUGGGAAAAAUCUGAAAAGGGCAUAGGAGACUCACUGGAGAAGCUAAGAUCAUUCAAAAAAAAGCUUUCUCAGCCUUUACCGGAACACCAUGAUGAGUUGCAUGCAGAGCAGAUUCGUUGCAAGGAGUUAGAAAAUGCUGUUGAAGGAUGGACAGAUGACCUUGCAAACCUCUCUCUGAUAAAGGAGACCUUAUCUAUAUAUAUCAGUGCAGACGAUAUCUCAGUCCUCAGUGAGCGCAUGGAGCUUCUGCACAGACAGUGGGAGGAGCUGUGCCACCAGGUCUCCUUACGUCGACAACAAGUUAGUGAGAGACUGAAUGAGUGGGCUGUCUUCAGUGAGAAGAACAAGGAGCUCUGUGAGUGGCUGACACAAAUGGAAAGUAAGGUUUCUCAAAAUGGUGACAUCCUCAUAGAAGAAAUGAUCGAGAAACUUAAAAAGGAUUAUCAAGAGGAAAUUGCUGUAGCCCAGAAGAACAAAAUUCAGCUCCAACAAAUGGGAGAGCGACUUGCUAAAGCCAGCCAUGAGAGUAAGGCAUCAGAGAUUGAGUACAAACUUGGCAAGAUCAAUGACAGGUGGCAACAUCUUCUAGAUCUUAUUGCAGCCAGGGUGAAGAAAUUGAAGGAGACUCUUGUUGCAGUGCAACAGCUGGAUAAAAACAUGAGUAGCCUGAGAUCUUGGCUUACCCACAUUGAGACAGAGCUGUCCAAACCUAUCAUCUAUGAAACUUGUGACUCUGAUGAAAUACAAAGGAAGCUAAACGAACAGCAGGAACUUCAGAAGGACAUAGAGAAACACAGCACUGGAGUGGCAUCUGUUCUCAAUCUGUGUGAAGUACUUCUUCAUGACUGUGACGCAUGUGCCACAGAAGCAGAGUGUGAUUCUAUCCAACAAGCUACACGCAACCUGGACAGAAGGUGGAGAAACAUUUGUGCAAUGUCAAUGGAAAGGCGACUUAAAAUUGAAGAGACGUGGCGACUAUGGCAAAAGUUUUUGGAUGACUACUCCAGAUUUGAAGACUGGCUAAAAAAUUCUGAGAUGAUUGCUGCUUUGCCGAGGUCCUCUGGCGUGCUUUACACGAUUGCUAAGGAAGAACUAAAAAAAUUUGAGGCCUUCCAUAGACAAGUGCAUGAAUGCCUGACUCAACUGGAACUGAUCAAUAAGCAGUAUCGCCGCCUGGCCCGAGAGAACCGUACGGACUCUGACUGCAGCCUCAAGCAGAUGGUUCAUGAGGGGAACCAGAGAUGGGACAACUUACAAAAGCGAGUCGCCUCCAUCCUGCGCAGGCUAAAACAUUUUACUGGACAGCGUGAGGAGUUUGAAACAGCACGUGAUAGCAUUCUGGUGUGGCUAACAGAGAUGGACCUGCAGCUGACCAACAUUGAGCAUUUCUCAGAAUGUGACGUCCAAGCAAAGAUAAAGCAACUUAAGGCUUUCCAGCAAGAAAUUUCACUGAACAACAAUAAAAUUGAGCAGAUCGUUGUGCAGGGUGAGCAACUCAUUGAGAAAAGUGAGCCCAUGGAUGCAGCUGUCAUUGAAGAAGAACUAGAUGAGCUGCGUCGUUACUGUCAAGAAGUCUUCGGACGUGUGGAACGCUAUCACAAGAAACUCAUCCACCUUCCCCUGACAGAUGAUGAACAUGACCUCUCUGACAGAGAGGUGGAUCUGGAUGAAUCAGCAGAUCUCUCUGACAUACACUGGCAUGACAAAUCUACGGACAGCAUUCUCUCCCCGCACCCCUCUUCCAACCUUUCGCUGCCUCUUUCCCAGCCGGUGAGAAGCGAACGAUCAGGGCGAGAUACCCCUGCGAGUGUGGACUCCAUUCCCCUGGAGUGGGAUCAUGACUACGACCUUAGCAGAGACCUGGAGACUGCUGUUUCACAGGCACUGCGCUCUGAGGAAGCAGACAGAGGACAAGAGAAGGAUUUCUAUCUGCGAGGAGCAGCUGGUAUCACAGAUGUAGAGAUCCCUGAAACUCUUGAGGCCUAUGUAAAACUCACAGAAAAUGCACUCAAAAAUACCUCUGGAGAACCUGGUGCCCUGGAAGCACAUAUCCGACAGCUGGACAAGGCCUUAGAUGCCAGUCGUUUCCAAAUACAGCAAACAGAAAACAUCAUCCGCAGCAAAACACCUACAGGACCAGAGCUGGAUUCCAGUUACAAAGGAUAUAUGAAGCUACUAAGUGAGUGCAGUGGAAGCAUAGACUCAGUUAAAAGGCUUGGAUAUAAACUGAAGGAGGAAGAAGAAAAAUUAUCUGGGCUUAUUAACCUGAACAGUACUGAAACACAAACAGCUGGUGUAAUUGACCGAUGGGAGUUAAUCCAGGCUCAAGCUCUAAGCAAGGAGCUGAGGAUGAAGCAGAACCUUCAGCAAUGGCAGCAGUUUAACUCCGACCUUAACAGUGUUUGGGCUUGGUUAGGAGAAACCGAAGAGGAACUGGAGAAGCUCCGUCGCCUUCAUCUCAGCACUGAUAUACAAACUAUUGAGCUCAGAAUUAAAAAACUGAAAGAGCUGCAGAAGGCUAUUGAUAACCGCAAAGCAAUCGUCUUAUCCAUCAACCUGUGCAGCUCAGAGUUCACUCAGUCUGAUAGCGAGGAGAGCAAGAAGCUUCAAGAGCGCCUGUCUCAGAUGAACGUGCGUUGGGACCACGUGUGCAGUGUGAUGGAGGAGUGGCGCUGCUCACUACAGGAUGCACUAAUGCAGUGCCAGGAUUUUCAUGAAAUGAGCCAUGGUUUGCUGCUUUGGUUAGAGAAUAUCGACAGAAGAAAAAAUGAGAUUGUGCCCAUCAAUCCAAACCUGGACUCAGAAAUCCUGCAGGAUCAUCACAGACUUCUAAUGCAAAUUAGACGUGAACUGCUGGAGUCUCAGUUGAAGGUGGCAUCAUUGCAAGAUAUGUCCUGCCAAUUGCUAGUCAAUGCUGAAGGCAAGGACUGUCUUGAAGCCAAAGAAAAGGUGCAUGUCAUUGGAAACAGACUGAAGCUCCUCUUGAAAGAGGUGACACGUCAUAUUAAAGAACUAGAGAAAAUUCUAGAUAUUUCAAGUAGUCAACUGGAAUUGUCCUCGUGGUCCUCUGCUGAUGAAUUGGACACAUCGGGCUCAGUGAGUCCUGUAUCUGGAAGAAGCACUCCAAGCAGACAGAGAACGCCACGGGGCAAAUGUAGUCUCUCACAGCCUGGACCCUCUGUCAGCAGUCCACAUAGCAGGUCCACAAGAGGUGGCUCAGGUUCCUCCCCUUCUGAGACCAGGCCUGCGUGGCAGCGCCCAUCCUUCUUCUUCAGAGUCCUCAGAGCUGCUCUGCCACUUCAGCUGCUCUUGCUGCUCCUGAUUGGGCUGGCUUGCCUGGUGCCAAUGACUGAGGAGGACUACAGCUGUACUAUGGCCAACAAUUUUGCCCGCUCUUUCCACCCCAUGCUAAAAUACAUGAAUGGUCCACCUCCAUUAUGAAAGAUACCCAUGAGACAGCGGGUGACCUUGCUGGAGCACCAGCUGGAAGACAGGAUAGUUUUAAAGGGUGGCAGGAUUCAGUGUGGCAGCUUUACCUACCUGCUGUAGUCACUGCUGUGUUUCUGUCAUUCUCUGCUGGCACUCAGCUAGCAAUGCGUCAGUAUCAACAUGCACAACGUGUUACCUGAGUAGCGUCAUUUCAAUCCUCACAUCCUGGGUACUAAGGAGGAUGUGAAGUGUGUGAGGGAAAUGUCCUUCUGUCCAGCAUUCUGGAUCUUUUAGCCACUUUAUAUCCAGGUCAUUGCCCUGUACUAUGCAUAACAAAGGACUUGAUACUGUAGAUCUUUCCUGUGUGCUGCUCUAAACAAGCCGUUAGUCUUUGUUAAAUACCCUCUCAGUAUCUACAGUAUACAAAAUAACUAAUGCUAAAGAAAUUUUAGAGCAUUUGUAACAUACAAUUUUAAAGGAUCUUAUAUGACGAUGUAUUAUUCUCCGUGGUUUCUGUUUCGGGCAUGAAGUUCUAACUUUUGCUUUGGAUGCACAAGGUGUAAAUCUGAGAAGCAUUUUUUUAAGGUUUUAAAAAAAUGGGUGUAAUAAGAUCAUAAAAGGUUUUAAGAAAAAUAUUGAAUGUCAAGUUGAAAAACAGAGAACAUAUUUAUGUAUGUACAGUUUGCUAAGCCAAGUUUUGUUUGUAUUGAUUUCUUUGCAUUUAUUAUAGAUACCAUAAAAUAUUUUGUCUACGUGCUUUUUAAUGACAAUUAUGGAAACCUCUAAGUUUAGAAUGAGAUAUGUAUGGUAUAAAAAAAUUAGAAGAUGUAUAUGUGCUGCACUUUUAAAAAGAAUUUUGAGAUGCUGUAACAAAUUAACGGUAUUAGGUAUAUGUUUAAAAGAGGUCUGGAAAACUUGACAAAUGGUAAAACAUGUGGGAAAUAUCACGUUAGAAGUUAUCCUAAUAUUGAAAGCUGUCUGUAUUUUUAAUUAAUAAUUGAUCAUUUCAGCUAUUUUUUCUCAA